UGGGUCGCGGUGCAGUGCAGUACCUAGUGCUGAAGAUUAUAUGAGUGGAUUAACACGUGAAUCAACAUGAGGACGUUAACACUACUUCUGUCUUGGAUAUCUGUAGCAUCAGCUGCCAUCAGCGUAGACGGGAUGGACCGAAGGAAGUACCAAUGUCCAGAUAACUUUGUCCGUGUGGCCAGCAGCUGCUAUUACCUCAGUGUGUACAUGGAUACGUGGCACGGAGCGACAUUUACUUGCCAAACUAUGAACGGCAGCCAUCUUGCUACACCAGACAGAAAAUGGAAGGACAGGCGGCUCAAGAAACUCCUUAGCAUGGACAUGGCUGCACGCCUAGAGAGGUGGAUCGGAGGCAUUUUCGACUGGGGCAGACACAAAUGGGUGUGGGGAAUCACAGGUCGACCAAUCAAAUACCAGGGAUUUUCUCGCCACUCAAAAACGGGGGACGAGUGGCACUGCAUGGCUAUGGAUCCAGUCUACCUUUACCGCUGGAAAUCAGAGAGCUGCCUCAAUCGUAAACACUUCAUCUGCGAGCUUCCCCUGCGCAACAUUGGGGCAAAACCCACCGACAUCUACCCUCGGAAACGCAAGGGCGGGAAACAUCGGAGGAAACAGCGCAAGAAGAUGAACAAGGAACCAAACAGCAUUUUGUAAAUAGACUAGAAUGAAGAGCUUAACGGAUAACCUUAACUUGAAAGAUAAAAAUACACUAGAGUCCUGCUAGUCCGAACCGCCUGUUAAAAAAGCCUGAUUUGAACCUGGUAAAAGGUUCUAAGACCUUACAGUACAUUAAAAUUUAUACUGUAUUCUGAAAUACAAACCAGGGUGUCCAACCGCCGUGAAUUUUAAAGACCAGGGAAAAUUCUGAGAAUAGUAAUCUACAUAAAUUGUGUAUGGAAUCAAGGAAAUUUAGUAGAAUUUCAAAUAGCUUAUAACCAAUCGUCAAUGAAUUAACGACAUACGAUUGGUUCUCUUUUGACGUUGCCAUGAAGUAAGAAGCAUAUAUUACUGUGCAGGAUGAUCGCGGGAGAUGAGUACGGUUUCUCCAUGAUCUUGAGAGCAAUAUUAUGGCUAUUUCAAGUCUUAAAUAUAAAAUUUGGUUUUGUUAUGCAAUUUUACUGCUUUUUUAAUAAUUUUAAUAAUUUUGUAAUGAGAGCAACAGUAAAGUAAAUAAAAGAUAGGUCUUCAAAAAAAUACUUACACUUAUUUUUUUAUUCGCCUGUUGGGUCUGACGAUGAUUGGAGUGUCCAAUCAAAAUCGAUCACCACUUACCAUUUUUUAUGUAUAUUUACCGUAUUGUGAGUUAACAGUAAAAGCUUAAAUAUGUAUUUUAAGUGUUAUUAGACGUAUCUUUUAUUUACUUUCCGUAAAUUUAGUAACACGUACAAUGCUGAUCAAGAAGUUAUUUAAUGAGUACAGUGUCCGGUCACUAUUAAGAUUAGCAGGACUAUGGUGAUUCUUAUUAAUAAGACCUCAAGAUAUGGACCUGUAAUUUGUAGACCUUGUACUUUAAUGUAAUUUAAUGAAAUUAACUAUAACAUUUUUAACCACCCACCUUUAUGUUUAGUUAGGUAUAACUUAGGAAGUUGGAUAGAAUAGGUAUUGAAUAGAUUUUUGUGAUUUUAUUAGUGUGAUAAGAAAACUAUUGCUUUAUACUAAUACCUGUAAUUGUCAAAGAAUAAGCUAAGCUAAGAGACCUUUGUUAUGUUAACGGAAUGCUUAUUUUAUUUUUUGAAAAUUUAAACAGAUCACUAUUCAAAAUUAAUUUUAAAAAUGAGGGCUGAUAGAAUGACAUAAUAAGAGAACAUCUUCCAUAACCUAUGAACUUAAACAUAGGAAUUUAAAAACGUAGGCCUAACUAAAACUGUUUAUAGUGAAUACGGAUAUUGGUUGGGUAACAUAAAAUUUCGUUACCAUAUAUACACUAUAGUAUUAUCUGAUAUGUAAGUUAUUAUGACAUAAUAAUAAUAAUAUUAAACAUUGUGUUCUCUGUGAUUUUACUUGUUGUAAAUUAGUUAGAAGCUAUUAUUAAUAUUUUUUCUAUGGAUUUCAAACUAAAAACAAAUACUUCAAUUUCUGUAUAUCAGAAUAUCACCUUACCAUAGUAAGAAGGCUCAAUAGAGUGACAGAAAGCUUUCUUAAGAAGUUACAAUGACCUAACUCUUUAAUUUAAAUAUUAUUAUUUUUUCUCAACGGUAGGCCUAAGUAGAAACUAUAAUGGAAAACUAGUAAAAGCUGUUUAUUACAGGGGAUCAUAUACUAAAUUAUUUAUAUUUUAGAAGUAAACGCACAUAAGGUUCCAAAUACUUUACUGCCAGUUAAACUAUGUAUAAUAUAUUUUAUCUUGAUGAAUGUAUAAUAUGUGUCAAGUAAGUGUGUUUAUGUAUUU